AUGGGGCUAACCCAACUACCCGCUGAAACCCUAUGGGCCAUCGCAUCCUACUCCCCCCCUCCAAAGAGACGCCUACGCCUUGAUCAAAACCAACCGCCAUACCACAGUGUGCAGAUCAACUUCUACCGCGGCUUUCAGGGUCCACCGCCAGAGUAUACUCGCACCAGGCCGCGAACUCGUGAACUCAACCCCCCGCCACUUUUCCUCGCCGCGCAUUCUGGGCACCUGGAAGUGGUUAAGUUGUUGCUUGAGCGAGGCGCAGAUGCAAAUCUCUACGCGCCGUUGCCGCUAUAUGGCGCUGUUGAGGAUACUCGGCGGGAUAUCAUUACCCUGCUGUUGAAGUACGGCGUGGGGUCGCAGACAGCCGCGUUAAAGCUGGCCGUGCUACGCGGGGAUGAGAGUAUGGCGCGUUUUUUUCUUGAUAAUGGUUUCAGGGUGCAGAAGUAUGGCUGUUCUGCGCUGUAUGCUGCUAAGAUGAAGGGUGACCGAGAUAUGGUGGACUUGUUGGAGUCCCGGGGUGCGAUACUGGGGUUACUUGGUGAGGGUGAUAGGGAGAAUUGGGAUGAAGAGGAUGGGGAUGGUAAUUGGCGUCCUGGUCGUGUGCGUACUAUGUUUGUCCAUUGGUGUGAUGAGGUGGUUGAGGAGAGUGAUGCAGAGGAAGAUGAUUGAUUGGGUCCCAGUGUAGGGAUGAAGAUGGCUGUCGUAGGUUUAUUAGGGUUUGUGGGGACAAGGUAUCUGCGCAAAAUGUAUAUCGGAUUGAGGGGGAUGAAGUAGAGAUUAAGAAGGAUAUAGAAGGAUAUAGAAGAAGGAUAUAGAAGGACAGAAGAAACUGGAGGAGGCGCUAAAUUAGGGAAUGUAUAUACCAUGACUAUCAACCUGCUAUAUAUCGACAACUACAUAUGUACUGAAACCACCGUGCAACUACCGACUAAUCGGAAUACCACUUCCCACUCUCCCCCGGCUAGUAGGGAAAUUCUUCGCACUCAACAAAGCACCCUUGACGCCUCGAAU